AUGAACAUCUACGUGGACGUUUUGGCAAACUUGAUCAUUCAACAGUAUUUCAUGAAUUGCAGAUGUCUUUUAGCGUUUACAGAUUAUGAAAACAGAUUCUAUUUUAACGGAGUAUUACCCAUUGUGAAUAUUCGAGUGAAUAUUUCGAAAACUUGCGUUCACCCCGAAGUAUUUCUCCGGUAUUAUGGAUGCCAAGGAAUUAUCGUUAAAAGCAAUAAACCAACUGUGGUAUUUAGGACGAUAGAACAUGAAAUUAGAUUGACUACUGAAAGAUUCAAUAAUAGAAAGUAUCUGUUUCUGCCAGGAGACGAUAUGAUGGAAAACAUGAAGGACAUUUUCGGAAUGAAAGAACUGCAUUAUGUUGCUGACAUGGUGGUUGCUAACUCAGAAAAAGACUAUAACGGAACCAAUACUUUUUUUGUGCCAGAUGAAAUUUUAUCCUUAUGGACACAUAAGUACAUGGGCACGGAAGACAACAUUAACGGAGUAUUUUUAGAUAAGUGGUUUUCGAAAAAUAAUUCCUACAAAUUGAAUAAAUAUUUAUAUCAAAAUAAACUUAUCAACCAGAUGAAACGAAAAAUUCAGUUUGCAACAUUUCAGUAUGAGCCCUACAGUGUUAUAGGUUCAAGUGAAAUUGAACACAAAGGAUCCGAAAUGAUGACUGCUUUAUUGUUUGCCAAGCAAUAUAAUAUGACUCCACAAUUGGUGAUAAACCAAGAAGGUUAUUGGGGGGACAUUUUUGAAAAUUGGACAGGCUACGGCCUCCUUGGCAAUUUACUAAAGGACGGGGCAGAUGUAGGUUUCAGUGCUUUAUAUACGUGGGAAGCUGACUAUCAUUUCCUUGAUUUAUCAAAACCAAUGAUUCGAACUGGAAUAACCUGUCUAGUACCAGCACCGAAGCUGGCAGCAGGGUGGUUAACACCAUUAUAUUCGUAUUCAAAAGCCAUGUGGGUAGCCGUAGGUUCUAUGUUUUUUGUUUGCAUAUUAGUCCAAUCCGGAAUGCAUUAUAUUCAAAGAAAAAGUUUCAAGUGCAACACAAAAUAUAUAAACGGUUUGAAAAUCUUUAGUCAGUCCGUUUUCUGUAUUGCCAAACUAUUUGUACAACAAGUGGUGUCUAGGAGGGAAAUGCCCGAAGGAAGCAUUGGAAAAUAUUUCAUGGGAUUUCUCUUUACUUUUAGCCUAUUCUUGUCUAGUUCCUACAGUAGCGGAUUAUCCACUAUUAUGACCUUACCAAGAUACAGUGCUCCCAUCAACACAGUUGAAGAGUUUGUGAACAGCGGUUUAUUAUGGGGAGCCACUCAAAAUGGAUGGAUACUGUCAAUUGAAAAAGCUGAGGAUGUAAUAAUUAAAAAAAAUAUUUAUCGGAAAGUACUAAGAGUAUUUAGUCUAUAUACAAUGGUAUUAGUAAAACUUCAAAUAACACCUUUAUAUAAAACUAUAGUAAGCAGAUUUGUUCCAACAAAUGAAGAAAAAUUGCGGGAACUUUCGAAAACAUCAAAUUUUGCAUUUUCUUUGGAGCGUUUACCAAACAAAAACUAUGCAAUUGGAUCUUAUAUAAAAAAAGAUGUGAUUGGAAAUUUCCAUUUGAUGAAAGAAGAUUUUUAUUGGGAGCAAUGUGUUAUGAUGACCCGAAAGAGUUCUGUUUUACUACCACUCUUGGAUUCAUUUAUUUUGAGAGUGUUUGAAACUGGAUUAAUUUCUCACUGGCAAAAUGAGGCAACAAGAUCAUCUAUGGAUUCAAGUGUACAAAAGGCAGUGAAAUUUUAUUAUUACAAUCAUAAGAACAGAAACUUUGUGGUUAAAUUGAAAUGGAUUCAUGUAAGGUUGAAAAAAAAAGUUCACUAA